CUGCGAGUGGAGGCUGUGCGCAGGCAGGCUGCGCACGCGCACGGUCGGCGCAGCGCCGCCUCGCGCCAGUCGCGCGGGAACCGUCGCGGCGAACACUACACUGUUUGUGUAUUGUGCUGCUACACACUUUUUCGAACUUAUUUACGAUACUUACACUUAUCUUGAGUCCUAAAUUUAAUAUGUUUAAAAAGAGGAGUGAUGAGCAAAUUAUAAUUUAAAUAAGUGCUAACUAGGUCGGAGUUGACUAAUAUUAUGUCACAUUGAGCGGUAAAUAAAAAUCAGUGGAAAAUUGAGACUGUCCAAAUGAAGAUGACCGUGAACCGUAUAAGGGUGGUGGUCCUCGGGAGCCCUCGGAGCGGGAAAUCAGCGGUGGUGGUGCGUUACCUAACCAAGCGCUACAUCGGCGAGUACAGCUCUACAGGAGAUUUCCUCUAUCAGCAUAGAGUAGCUUUCGACGGCGCAGUCUCGGAAGUUGAAAUACUGGACACGUCGAACUGCGCGUCGCGCGGCUGCCUGGGCGAGCACGUGCGCUGGGGCGACGCGUUCGCGGUGGUGUACUCGGUGUGCUCGCGCCGCUCCUUCGCGGCGGCCGCCGAGCUGCUGGCGCUGCUGCAGCGGGCGCGCCCGCCCGGCGCCGCGCGGGCGCUGCUCGGCAACCAGCGCGACCUCGAGCACGCCAGAGAGGUGCACGCGGAGGAGGGCCAGGAGCUGUCGCUGCGGUUCGGCUGCCAGUUCUACGAGGUGUCGGCGGCGGAGGGCAGCGCGGGCGCGGCGCUGGCCUUCCACGCGCUGCUGCGCGAGGCGCGGGCGCUGGCGCUGCUGCUGCCGCCGCCGCGCCGCAACCGCGCCGCCUACUCCGUCUCCAAGGUAAUCGGGACGAUAUUCGGCAAAAACGGCAAGAGCGUGCGAAAGAAAAGACCAUCUCUUAGCAUUUAAGUAUUUAAAUUAAAAAUAUUUAUUUUUAUUGUAUUUGGAAUUGAUAGACUGGUAUACUAUUAAUGUUAUUGUUAACGUGCUAGUGGAUAGGUCUGUGCUGUAUAUAUACAAGUAAAGGAGAGUCUAGGAUCGCACGAAGUGUUGCGGAAGUAAAACAAUGAUUUAUAAUGUACAUAAAACUAUUGAGUGUAAAUAUGACGCGGUUUACGAUCGCUCGCCUCGCAUUAGCAUUGUAACGAGCCGGGUAACGGUCUCCUGUAAAUAUUGACUUUAAGCGCCUACCUGCAUAAACAUUAAGGUUUACUAUUUGAUAAUAAAAGAUUUUAAUAAAA